AUGGCCAGGACAAAAGGGAUCACCUUGAGGGUCCGCAAAGCGACUGAAGAUGCAGCCACAGACACGGCCACUGCCGACACCACGGCAGCACCAGUCCCAUCUUCCACUGGCGAGCCCGACCAACCAGAAACACAGCUAGAAGACGAAGAGCUGACACCCGCUAAUGCUGCACUGUCUCGAUCCAGAAGCUCGAGACUCUCGAGGGCCCGCUCACACGAAGAGGCCUUUGGAGCCGCAUCUUCCUCCGCUCGAGCCACUCCAGCACGCCGCUCGCGUCGUCAACCAACCAAGCAGGAGCAGCAGGAAGACAUUGACAUGGGCUCGUCACAGCCGUCAGGAGAUGCACAGGGAGAGGAUGAUCCAGAGGCAGACGAUGCAGAAGCUGCUUAUAACGCGUCUUCGACACCACGCAGCCGUUCUGCGCGCACUCGCGUCAAGUCCUCAGCUACACCCGUACCUCAGACUCCAUCCGCCGCGUCACGAUCUAAACGGAGCCCGAGGAAAGCAGCUAGGACUUCCGUGGCGGGCCGAAGAGGCGCAGGUCGCGCGACAGGAACGCCAGCAGACGACGACGAUUUGGAUGCGUCAGAGCAGCCUGUCGGCGAGGCAGAUAAGGAAGAAGACGGCGAAGCGGAGGAUGCCGUUGCCGGAGACGAUGCAGAAGUAGAUGAAGGGGAGGGGGAAGACGACGCCGACGAAGAUGAUGCCGACGCGGAUGCUGACGGUGACGGCGACAACGAUGACGAGGCAGGUGUGGAUGAAGAGGGCCACAAAACCAUCACUAUCAAGGGCACAAAGUACCGUCUCGAAGCCGACGAAGAAGAGGUCAUCCUCCCCUCGGACCCCGACGGCGACAAAAAGGUCGACGAAAAGGGUCGAUUGCAAGGCGGCCGACAGUACAAGGCAUACAACUUCACCUCGGAGCACCGCUCUGAUCCAGAAAAGGUCUACAUGCUCGCCAUCGACGCUGCCAGGUCAGCAGGCUAUCGAGACUCGCUCUACUUUUUCCGACGCAAUCCCCAGAUCUUCAAGAUCGAGCUCUUCCAGGCCGAAAAGGAAAAGCUCAUCGACGAUGGACGUCUGAGUGGACAGCUCAAGACGCGAAAUGUCACCAUGGUCCCAGCUCGAAACGUGUACAAACUGCACGGCGCCCGCUUCCUCAGCGGCGGCAAGGCCAUCAUCGAUGACUACUACGAGGCUGAAGCGCGUGCUUCCGGUGUCAAGGAAGGCAAAACUGUCGGAGGCAUGUCGACCGAGGAGCAGGAGAAGCGUCGAGAAGCCGAGCGUGAGCGCGAACGUCCCAAGAAGAAGGCCGACACAUUUAGCUACACCACCAUUGACCCGCAGGGCGAUCCUGUAGUAACGCAGUUUGGAGACGCAGGUCAAGCGCCAUGGGUGCGAGCGGGCAACUGGCAGUCGCGUAAAGCAGCGUUGCAGCGUAUGGACAUUACCGAGGAGAACUGGAUGUUGGAGAUGGCUCGAAGCGUGCGUGGGAUGAAUACCGAACUCAACGACACGCGCAAAGAUCGUUUCUCUGCGUUCCCGCGCUUCAAUCGUUACCUCGACAUUGCCGACGUUGUCACCGCGGACGAAAGCAAGGACGAAGUGGCCGACGGCGAAGCCGAGCCAGAGGAUGAUCCCGAGGCGCUCAACGACCUUCCUCCUUGGGAGCGCGAGAAGCUACCCGUCCCAAAAGCGGAAGAGCUUGAAGAAGGAAGCAAGAAGCGUCAAGCGUUGUUGCAGGACAAACUCGACACGCAGCGUCGUUCGGGCCCACCCAUUGGCGUCUACGAACCCAACACGCAUCUCCCGCAUUUCAGUGUAUUGACACAACCCACUCAGGCGUCGUUUGUCAAGCUCGCACAACGACCCGCGUACAUCGACGAUCAGUCGCAAGCAAGAGGAGACCGAAGGCCCAUCUUGGGAGGCGACAAGCUCGGGUCGGGAGCAUGGGGCAUUGCGAGCGUCUCGGUCGAAUGUUUGCCACCAGCACCGUUGCCAGGAUACAUCGCUGUCCCUGCUGGCGAGGCUGCUGCGUUGAACGAGUCGGUGUGA